CUUUCUUUUCAUUAAAGAAACAAUGAUAAAGUCUGUAUUAAUAUUUAAUAAUCAUGGUAAACCAAGACUUAUCAAGUUUUAUCAACAAAUUGAUAUAGCAACACAACAAGCUUUGGUUCAAGAAAUAUAUUCUUUGGUAUCAAAACGACCUGAUACUGCAUGUAACUUUUUAGAAGGAAGUAAAUUACUUGGUGGAAAAGAUACUAGAGUCAUCUAUCGACAUUAUGCAACACUUUAUUUUGUCUUUGUAGUAGAUGAAAGUGAAAGUGAAUUAGGAAUUUUAGACUUGAUUCAAGUCUUUGUAGAAAGUUUAGAUAGAUGUUUUGAAAAUGUGUGUGAAUUGGAUUUGAUUUUUCAUUUUGAUGAAGUACAUUAUAUUUUAUCUGAAAUUAUUCAAGGUGGUAUGGUAUUGGAAACAAAUAUGAAUGAAAUUGUUGCUGCUAUCAAUGAAGUAAACAAAGCAAAAAAGAAAUCUGGUGUAUCCUCUUCUGGUAGUCUUAGUUUAAGAGCUACUGAAACUUUACGUAGUGGUUUUAGACAUUGAUCUUGUAUAUAUAUCUUUUGAUUCAAACAAAAUAAAAAAAAAAUUGUAUC